GGCGCUCUUCAGGUUUUCGUCUUCUUCUGGGACGAGAACUACGGCGGCAGCGACGGCGAGGACAAGAAAGAAGAGUCUGCGUGGGGCCUCAUCCUCUCCGACAAGCGGGUGAUGCUCCUGGGCGCCGUCAACGCUCUCUUCGAGGGGUCGAUGUACUCCUUCGUGUUCAUGUGGGUGCCCACCCUGCUCGGGGUGCUUCAGGGCAGCCCCCUGCCGACAGGGCUCGUGUUCGCCGCCCUGACGGUCUGCAUCUCCCUCGGAGGGCUGCUGUUCUCCCCGAGCCUCCUGCUCAGCCUCAUGUCCGCGGAGAAGAUUGCCGUAGGCAUCUUCCUCGUCGGGGCGGCUUCCCUGACGGUCCCGGUCUGGAACUCGGACCUGGUCUCCGUGCUGGGCAGCUUCUGCGUCUUCGAGACCUGCGUCGGCGCCUUCUUCCCCUGCGCCGGCCUCCUGCGCUCGAAGGUGAUUCCCGAUGCUCAGCAGGGCAGCGUGAUGAACAUCUUCCGCAUCCCGCUGAACGU